GCGCCCCUGCAUCAGUACCCGGUCUCGGAGUGGCAUCUGUCAGGUCUGGAUCUGCUCCAGUUGACCUCUCGGGAACUGGAAAAGUUGGGCAUGCACAAGAUCGGACACCAGGAGCUCGUACUGGAGGCCGUGGAGAAGCUCUGCUCUCUGACGUACGGCAUAGGUGGAGAGAACCUACGUGGUCUCACAGAGAAGCUGCGUGCCGUCGCCCACACCCUCCAGAUGGGCAUCCAGAGCCGCUGGCGCCGCAACAGCUACGAUGGACGCAGCGCCACCAAGCUGUCUGCUGGAGUUCUGCAGGUUGUUGUGGAGCUCAUCACCUCUGCCAAAGGACUCUUCUUUCUGCUCAACAGGUAUCAGUUUUUGCAGUUAAGUGGAUACACCGCCACCAAGAACAUAUUCAGCUACUGCAGAGAGCUCGGAGAAAUCGUCAACAAGGGGAUUGAGAUAACGUCCACCGGCUCCAGUAACCACUACGUGACCGGCACCGCUGCUGAGCCUUCGAAUGAUGAUGUCUUCGUGAGGAUCUUGGCUGGUGAUGAAGUGAUUCAAGUCAACAACCAGAUAGUAGUGGGCUGGAGCAGAGCAAACCUUGUGAAGAAGCUGCAGGAGAAUCCCAGUGGAGUGACUUUGCUUCUGAAGAAGAUCCCCGGCUCAGUGAGACACAAAGACCAGGUCCCACAAGUCACCCUCACACAGAAAGAGGAAGAGGAGGGAGACGAGAGGUCCGGGGAGGAGGAGGAGGACGAGGAACAGGAGGAGGAGAAUCCAAGGCACUCCAUAUUUGAGAGGGUCGCAGCUUCGGUCAGGUCCCUGUCUUUUAGGAAAGCCAUUCACGGGCCAGAGGUACAGCAGCCGCGUAUGGGACAGGAGGAAUCAGAGUUGUCCUUUGAUAAGGAGGUUGAAGGUAGUGUGACACUCACUUCCAGUCAAAACCAGCUGGGGGCGUUGUCACCACUGUCAUUGCCCGGGGACUUUGAGGGAUUGGAAAUUUCACGGCUCUCACCGAGACUCAGAAGAGACCGGUCGCCGUCACCCAGAAGUCCUUCGCCCCUGACUUUCAGGGCGUUCAGAAGUUCUUCACCUCAGGAAGCCAAUCAGGACACAGUGAGCAUCAGUUCCUGUCCUGAGAUGGUGGGCCGCACGGGGAGUAAAGACAGCAAGAUCUCUACAAAAGGAAUGACGACAACGAUGAGUCGGCGCCGCGUGUCCUGCCGCGAGCUGGAUCGACCCGACUGCGACGGCUGGCUGUGGAAGAAAAGGAAGGAGAGCAGCGUCUUCAUCGCCCAGAAGUGGCAGCGCUUCUGGUUUGUCCUCACGGGGCCUUCACUCUACUGGUACACCAGCCAACAGGAUGAGAAGGCAGAGGGUCUGGUAAAUAUAUCCAGCUACAACAUCGAGAGCGCCGGAGAACACAAGAGAAAAUACGUGUUCAAAAUGUGCCACCAGAGGUUUCACAACUUCUUCUUCGCUGCCGACAAUGUCACCGACAUGAGCAAGUGGAUAAACUGUCUGAUUACAUCCAUACAGAAAUACAAGAAGCUUAGUAAAGGCCCCGAUAAUGAAGAGGAAUGUUACAGUGAGACUGAAUCAGAGAGCGAGAGAUCUCCUUCACCCCGCAGGAGAAACAAGAAGGGGCAGUCCCACACUCUACCUCGCCCCAAGGGGAAGACGACCAAGGUGCCAUUAACAAGUCUUACAACAGGGGGCAGCAAAGGAGCAGGCGUCCCAGAGGAUGAGAUGGGCAAGAUGUUAAACAACAUAAAGGAGGGAGGAGUUUCUCUGAUUGGACACGAGCAGCCGUUCACACACGACCACUUCAGGAAGUCGUUCAUUCGACGCAACAAGAACCCCGUCAUUAAUGAGAAGGCUCACACGCUGCGGGCCUUGCAGAGCACUCUGAAGGCAAAAGAAGCAGAGCUGCAGCAGAUCAACAAGGUCCUGGAGGACUCCACUCUGACAGCCUCAAAGUUCCGUCAAUGGAAGCAUCAAAACGAAGAACUAGUUCAAGAAAUCGAGAAACUGACCACGCUCCGUUCCUCCAAAAGCGGGAACGACGCGGCGGUGCAGCACGUGCCCGCUGAGGAGGUUGCCUUGGAAACUGUCGACAUGGAAACGGCCGCCACAGAGACGAGAGGCGCAUAUAGACUGAGCCUGAGCGAAGGAGAGCAGCUAGUGGACGCAGAGGCGUCUGAUGUCCUCCUGGAGAUCCCACCAGAUUCUCCGAGCACAGAUACCAGUUCAGUGUUAGAACUCUCCCUGGGGUCGCUGCAGGAUUCGAUAAACCAGCAGCUGAGCGAGCUGGUGGAGAGCGGAGAGGCUGCCGAGAACUACUUCUACAUUUAAGACCGAGCUGAUGCAAAUCACGCCACUGCAGAGUUGCUCUAUUUAACAAAAUCAAACAGAAGCUGCUUUGUCAUGCAACAGAGUGAGAGGUGAACUUCACUGUGUGGUCUGCUGACGUUCACCUGAAAUAAUUUGUUAAUAAUGCCACUAAAUCAAGUUUAUCAGUGAAAUGCAUCAGUGCACGCUUCUUAUAAGAAACAAAUUUAACUUUGUACAUGGUCAAAACCAAUAUGACGAGUUUACAGCAGAGAGAUGGACAAUAUUUGCCAAGUGUUGAUCUGAGUUCAGCAUAUUUAUGGGAUUCUAAGGUCGUGUUGUUCUAGUGAUAAAAACAAUAUCGAGUAGAACUUUUCUUAGAAUUCAAUGAUAAUUUGUAAUAUAAAUCAUGCCUCUUGUACUAAUGUGACAUGUAAAUACACUUUUACUAUUGAUGCUGUAUGUAUUUUGUUUAUUACCUUAAUAAAGGUGUAGAUUUGAAAUAUUUUGCACAGAAAAAUAACUUCAGAAACAUAUUUGCUGUUGCUCCUUUUUGGUCAAAGUCCUUUUUGUGCUUCUGCUGUGUGUGUGUACAUGUGUAUGUAUGAACCAUAAAGCAGAGCUGUGUGAGUGUGUUCCUCAUUUCCCGAGUCACACGAAGACUCCUGAAGAUGCUGAGAUGUUUCUGACGUGACCCCGCUCCUCAUCGCUGUAACCUUCACCGGCUUAGUAAAGAGGAAGCAGGACCAUCACAGAAUUGUGUUGUGAAGUUCCACCAUUGUGUCUUCAGAUAUUAUUAUCAAAUACUGUUAAUGUGUUUGAAGCAUAUGUACACAGUCAGAUGUGCAUGUUCAUGUCUUUUGUGCCCGAAUUUCAGCCGAUCAAGACUUUUUUCUUUUAUGAUGUUAAAGUACCGAGUGUAUUUUAUGAUGUUAAAGUACCAAGUGUAUUUUAUGAUUGAGUUUUCAGUAGAAAACAAACACACACUUAA